UAAAAACAUAUCGAAAAGCAGAAAUUAACAAUUACUAAGAGCUUGGAAAGCUAAACAAGAGAAACAUUUAAAAGCAAAAAUAAAAACGUAAAAAUUAAUAAAAAAAUUUAGUGAUAUAAGCCAUCUGACGGAAAGUACACAAAUUAUUUGCAUGUGAUAAGCGAUCUGAAAUAAAUGCCAUAAUCCUCUACACACCUAGAUUCACCUUAAUUAGUUUAUAGCAUUACAGUAAUGAAGCUGUCUUCGUCCAGCUCAUUUAUUAAAAUGGAUUUACGUCAACGUCCUUUUUUGAUUGUAUCAACAUUAUUAAUAUUAGCAACAUGCAGUCAUGGAACCGUGAAACCUAUAAAAAUAGGUGGAAUCUUUCACAAAGGCGAUGAAGAUCAUAUGUCCACAUUUCUAAAAGCAAUAUCCGAGACAAAAUACGAAUCACCUGCACCCGCAUUCGAAUUCAUUUCUGUCAUCAAGUACAUAGAUGAUAAUACCGACAGCUUUAGGACUGCAGCAGCUGCUUGUGAGCUUCUUGAAGAAGGCGUGGCAGCUAUUUUCGGGCCUACAAGUUCGUAUACUCGAGGAAUAGUCGCAAGUAUUGCCACGCGAUUCGAAAUACCGCAUAUCGAAUACGUUUGGCGGGAAACUGAGGUAUUAAGAACGGAAGCAGAAGAAGAUAAAAAUCCAAUGACAAUAAAUGUGUUUCCGGAGAGUGAGAAUGUCAGCAAGGCUAUCGCCGAUACUGUCGACUCGAUGAAAUGGCAAGGCUUCGUUGCAAUUUACGAAAACAACGAUGGGCUGUCGCGCAUUCAAAAGGCUCUAACAUUGAAACGAGCAAAGGAUAAUUCUGUUGCAAUUCGGGAACUGGGCAAUGGACCAGAUUAUCGCCCAAUGCUCAAAGAGAUACGCAAUUUGUCUAUUUCCAAUAUUCUCCUUGAUGUUCAACCGGAAAAGAUAAUUAACGUUCUCCGUCAGGCGAAAGAAAUUAAAUUACUUGCAGAUUAUUCUAAUUUUGUCAUAACAUAUUUGGAUGCAUCCAAACUACCUAUUGUCGAGAUACGAAACGGUACCAACGCCAAUAUUACCGGAUUCAGUUUAAGGGAAAAUGAUGUAGAAGAUGUUAACUGGCUAGAUUCGGCAAUUCUCUAUGAUGCGGUAUUCUUGCUGCAAAAAGCGAUAGAAACUUUAAAUUCAAGGAAUAUUGAUAACGAAUUUAUAAGGAAUCUGAUUGAUCCUGUAUCACUUUCUUGCAAGAAAAAUGACAAAUAUCAAGCGGGACCUAAUAUUACGAGUAUUAUACGAGAGUUAUCAAAGAUGGGGAAGAUAACAGGUGCAAUGAAUAUUGACGAAUAUGGCCGUCGAUGGGACUUUAAAAUCCAAAUACUGGACUUUCGAUCGGAAAUAAUAAAAACAGGUUUCUGGGAUAAAAAUGGUCUACAGUUUAACUCUGAAACGGAGAAGGAAAUGGAAAGUUAUUUAUAUAAAUCUAUCAAAGAGAAAGAAUUCAUAAUUAGCACCAUAGUGGGUGCACCUUAUGUAAUGGAAGCCAUUGAUGCAUCAGAAGAUACCAUUUUAAUCGGUCAGAAACAUUACGAGGGUUAUUGUAUCGAUCUUAUCAAACACAUCGCAAAAGAUUUAGGGUUCUCAUAUAAAUUUGAGAUUGUGCCCGGAUCACAAGGCACUUACGAUCCAAAGACAAAGAGUUGGAACGGUCUAAUCAGACACCUUUUGGAUCAUAAGUCCGAUCUGGCAAUUUGCGAUUUGACAAUCACUUUUGCACGUGAAUCGGCCGUAGAUUUUUCGAUGCCCUUCAUGAAUCUCGGUAUAAGCAUCUUAUUUAGUAAGCCAGAAGAGAAGGACCCAGAUUUAUUCUCCUUUUUGAGCCCAUUGAGUACUGAUGUCUGGAUGUACAUGGCGACAGCAUAUCUUGCCGUAUCCAUAAUGUUGUUUGUUCAAGCAAGAAUGGCACCUGGUGAAUGGGACAAUCCGCAUCCAUGCAAUGCCGAACCUGAAGAAUUAGAAAACAAUUUUGACUUGAAAAAUUCGUUAUGGCUCACCAUUGGUUCUCUUAUGCAACAGGGCAGCGAUAUCUUACCUAAGGCACCCAGCAUUCGGACGCUCACGACCAUGUGGUGGUUUUUCACAUUGAUCAUGAUAUCCUCCUACACAGCUAAUCUUGCAGCUUUUCUUACUGCAGCUCAGAUGGAAACACCUAUCAACAACGUCGACGAUUUGGCUCGACAAACGAAAAUUAAGUACGGAUCCGUUGGAGGUGGUGCAACAUCAUCAUUCUUCAGGGACUCAAAUUAUUCGAUAUAUAAACGGAUGUUUGCAACAAUGAUGGAAACGAAACCAAGCGUAUUCACUAAGGAUAAUAAAGAAGGUGUCGAGCGAGUUGUCAAAAGCAAAGGAUUAUAUGCAUUUUUAAUGGAGAGUACCACCAUAGAAUAUCAAAUGCAGCGAAAUUGUGAGAUUGACAAAAUCGGUGGGCUUAUCGACAACAAAGGCUAUGGCAUAGCUUUACCGCGUAAUUCUCCAUACAGAACACCAAUCAAUAGCGCGAUCUUGAGGCUAGGUGAGAAAGGUACUUUGCAACAGUUAAAGACACGCUGGUGGCGAGAAAAGGGUGGCGGAUUAUGCGACACGGAUGAUACAGAAACUGCCAAUACUGGCGAACUAGGAAUGGCAAACGUUGGAGGCGUCUUUCUUGUUUUAAUGUUAGGUUGCGGUGCCUCGUUGAUCCUCGCUAUUGUUGAAUUCCUUUGGAAUGUACGAGACGUCGCAGUGAGAGAAAAAAUUACACCAGGAGAAGCGCUAAAGGCCGAACUAAGGUUCGCAGUGAAUAUUUGGGAAACGAAGAAACCAGUUAAAAUCGCUAAAAGUAGCAGUAGUGCAACUUCUUUAGAGGGAGGAUUCACUAGAGCUGCAUCUACAGCUCGUUCCAUCGUUGGCUCGUUUUUACGUCUUGAUAUACUCGACAAAAUAGAUAAAGAUCAUGAUACAAAUAAUCGUAGCAAUGAUCGUAAGAUUAAUUAAUUACUAGGCGAAUUAAAAUUAACCAUCGUUUUUUCAACAGAAUUCUGCAUCAAGAGAUAUUUAUGUAAUAAAGAAUUCUAUAAUAUAUAUAUUAAUUAGAUAUUUAUUUAUUAAUAUAGAGUAACCGAAAAAAGAAAUUUCCUGCUUGUCAAAUUGCGGAAACCUGCACUAUAUAUUUGUAUAUCUCACAAUGUUUCUGUACUGG